CGUUCGUUGUGGCAUUGCUGCAGAAUUUUCCAGCAAGGAAAUUCAAAAGAAAAUGACCAGGCUGGUUGGUCCGUCGACGUUGAUAUUCGACGCGAAAGUGAAUUCAACAUGUUUUGAGGAUGCGGAACAUGUGUAAGGAAUACUGGAAGAAUAAAGUGAAAGUGAUAUAACCACGUCUCGCCAGUUGUUUAUGAAAACAAUAUUAAUGAGAAACGAUGAACACCCCGCAAUCGAAUAAAAAGAAGGGUAGAAACAGAGUGGGUGGUAUUAACAACGAUAGUACCAGUCCCACAAAUGCAGAACCGUUGAACACGCAGGAAAUAUCGAAAUUUGUUCUGGUAAAUCCAAUCGGAGAAGACCCAAACAAGACAUUCAAAAUCGGAAUCACAGACUCUGUACCUAUCAUUUCUUUAGAAGAGAAUGGAUUCGACGAGAAAAACAUGGUGCACAAAGGUCACACAGUUCCAUCUGAAAAGGACAAGGAUGACAAGAAUGUCCUGAAUAGUCUGCCUGUCGCGAUGGUCAAGGAACUGGAUGGAUAUGAACAACAACUAGGAGAGGCUGAAGCACUUCCCAAUUCGUACAUCAGAUUUAUGGAACGCAGCGGAGAAGAGCUCGAUGGUGAAGUGGAAUACGAUUUGGACGAGGAGGACACUGCCUGGUUGUCUAUAGUCAACGAGAGACGAUUAGCAUCGGGACUCAGUCCACCUUUGGAGCCCGACACGUUUGAAUUAUUGAUGGACAGAUUAGAGAAGGAGUCGUACUUUCAACAGCAGACCAAUGGCGGUGGUGGAGUGGCAGCCGAUGAGGAUGCAGUCUGUUGCAUCUGCAUGGACGGAGAGUGUCAGAACAGCAACGCCAUAUUAUUCUGCGAUAUGUGCAAUUUGGCAGUUCAUCAAGAUUGUUACGGUGUACCGUACAUUCCCGAGGGGCAAUGGUUGUGCAGGAGGUGCUUGCAGAGUCCUUCGCGAGCUGUCGAUUGUGUUUUAUGCCCAAACAGAGGCGGUGCCUUCAAACAAACCGAUCGUCCAGCCACGUGGGCCCAUGUUGUGUGCGCGUUGUGGAUACCAGAGGUUCGAUUCGCCAAUACGGUAUUCCUCGAGCCUAUAGACAGUAUAGAAAGUAUUCCAGCAGCACGGUGGCGCCUCACCUGCUGCGUGUGUAAACGCAGAGGAUCAGGUGCUUGCAUCCAGUGUCACAAGAGCAACUGUUACGCUGCGUUUCACGUGACGUGUGCGCAACAAGCUGGCCUUUGCAUGCGUAUGAGGACGGUGCAGCCUGCGAACGGGGAGCCGAUGUUAGUUCAGAAAACGGCCUACUGCGAGGCACACACGCCACCGGAUUACCAGCCCUCCACCAAUCCCGCCGAUGCCAGAAGAAGAGCGAUCGCGAAUAAAAAGAGCUCCUCCGCGCCUGUCAUUUCUAUUCCGACAAUACCGCCGGAACGUAUUAAGGAAAUUGCUUGUUUAGCCGAGGGCUUGCCCAAGAAGAGCCAGCUGAUACAGCGUCUUAUCGCGUACUGGACCCUGAAACGGCAGUACAGAAAUGGCGUUCCGCUUCUCAGAAGGCUCCAGAGUUCCCAUCCGCAGUCCAGAGCUCCGACCCUCGGGGACCAUUCCUCACCGCCACCGGACAGCGAGCUGCGCGGUGAAUUGUAUCGUCAAUUGAAAUAUUGGCAGUGUCUGCGCCAGGAUCUGGAGCGUGCUCGACUGCUCUGCGAGUUGGUCCGCAAACGGGAGAAGCUGAAAAAGGAAUUGUUCAAAGUGAAAGAGAAGUGUCUGUGGUUCGAACUGCGUCCACUGGAAAGUAUCCUGCGCACAUUGCUGGAUGCGAUCAAGGCGAAGGAUGUGAACGAUGUUUUCGGGCAGCCGGUGAACACCAAGGAGGUUCCAGAUUAUUUGGAGAUCGUAACGCAUCCCAUGGAUCUUUCUACCAUGCAGGUCAAAAUAGAAAGGCAGGAGUACGACACGAUCGGUGCUUUCGAAGCGGACUUCAACUUGAUGGUGAAUAAUUGCCUGGCAUAUAAUCGUAAGGACACCAUGUUUUACCGAGCUGGAAUCAAAAUGAAAGAGCAGGGCAGUCUUCUGAUAGAUCAGGCCCGCAAGGAUUAUCCCGACCUUGAUCCGGUCAGCGAGUCCGAGCAGACUGGAUCGAAAUCGCGGAAACGGGAUCGUACGAAUAGAAGCCGCGGCGAGGCGGAAUCGCAGCACGGCGAGAAAGAAGUCGGAGGUGGAGGCGUGAACAGGCGAACCGCGGUUUUAUUCACUCGCAAGGCCAGGGCUCGCGCCAGCAGGAGCAAUCAGAUGUUCGUUAUGGAGGACGACAGGAAGAAGCAGAGUGAUAGCUUCAAAGUGUACAGGAGCGGCACAAUGGACAGCGAUGUGGGAGAAGGUGAAAGUCAGUCGUCGAGUUGCAGCAGUUGCUCCACCAGUCGAUCCACCACUCCUGAUUUAGACGAGGAGAAACAAAGACAAGAGGCCGACGAGGCGAAGAAAGAAAUCGAGACCAAGCAAACGCCGCCGGCCAGCAACGGUCUAGAAGCUCUGCAGCUGGUGUGGGCAAAGUGUCGCGGUUACCCAUGGUAUCCGGCAUUGAUAAUAGACCCGAACACGCCCAGGGGUACCGUGCACAAAGGUGUGCCGAUCCCUGCUCCGCCCGAUGACGUAUUGGCGCUCGCUGUCAAUUACAAGGAACCAGUAUUUCUCGUUCUUUUCUUCGAUACGAAACGAACAUGGCAAUGGCUACCAGGCGAAAAGUUAGAGAAACUUGGAGUAUCACAAGAAUUGGACGAGGCGAAACUAAUCGAAUCUCGAAAGCCCGCAGACAGAAAAGCAGUGAAGAAGGCUUACCAGGAAGCGCUCCAUUACCGCAAGCAAACUCACAAUACAACAUUGAACGCUGGUUCAACUAGUUAAUCUUUUAACACGUUCUAAAUAGUGCAUAUGUCAACUUAUAACUAAGUUAGGACAACGUUUUUGUAAGUAUGUAAAAAGUGGUUUUAACGCAAUGAUUGUAACUUAUGGACUUGUAGUCGAGUCACACUUUUCCAAAAUUCUAUUUAUAAUGUUUUUAAAAUAAUGACUGAUUUAAAAUAA